UUUUUACCAAUUUACAGUAGCCUUCCCAAGCUGCGUCCUAUAUGUUUAUAAUCCUCCAAAUUCCUCAAUUUUGGUACUCGAACUCCCGAUAAUUGUAUGAGCUUCUGAAGAUACAGCACAAUGAAUCAGAUACGCGCUAUCCAAGCGCUCAACAAGCGCGAGAUCGAAAACGGAGUACCACCAGAAGCCUCCUGGCACACCGACUAUCGCGACACCGCCUUCGUCAACUUCGGCGGACUGCCGUACGAGCUGUCGGAGGGCGACAUCAUUACCAUAUUCUCUCAGUUUGGGGAGCCCGUGUUCCUGAAGCUAGCGCGCGACAAGGAGACAGGGAAGAGCAAGGGGUUCGGCUGGCUCAAGUAUGAAGAUCAGCGCAGCACGGAUCUAGCUGUAGACAACUUAGGCGGUGCUGAGAUCAGCGGGCGGCUUGUGAGAGUCGACCACGCGCGGUACAAAGCCCGCGACGACGAGGACCCGGAGGAGUUCAAAAUUUCGUGGGAGGAUAUCGUCAGACGUGAAAAAGCAGAGAAAGGGGAAGAUGUAGAGAUGCAAGAGAGUAGCGAGGAGGAGGAAGAGAGGCGACCGAUGAUUAAGGAGGAGAGGGAGUUGGCAAAGUUGCUCGAGGAGCAUGAUGAGGAUGAUCCAAUGAAGGGCUUUUUAAUCGAGGAGAAGAAGAAAGAAGUCGAACGCGCGUUAAGGAAAGAGGGAGAACGGAAAGAAAGGAAGGAGAAGAAAGAGAAGCAUCGGCAUCAUCACAGUCAUCGUUCUAAGAGGGAUGAUAGGGAUAGGUACAGCGAGGAGCGCGAUCAUCACAGAAGGCCGAGAAGGGAUAGGACUCCCGUUGCAAAAGAUAGGGGUAGUCGAGAACGAGACGAAACUCCUCCGAGACGAAGAGACAAUUCUACAGAUCGCGAACGAAGGAGAGGGGACGACAAUCGUGAUCGACAUCGCGACAAAGAACAUCGAAGAGAUCGAGAUGAUAGAGACAGACAUAGCAAGCGCUCUCGCUAUAACGAUGACGAAGAUAGAGAGAAAAAUAGGGACAGGGACAGAGAUCGCAAAAGCAGACGGAGAAGCAGGAGCAGAUCUCCACGGUCAUAUAGAGAUUGAUGAAAACUGCCUAAUCGCUAAUAAAGAUACCCCCAUUUAAAGUCAACGCUGUUUACUUGAGAUGACCUCGCCGCACAUAUCCUAGUGCAAUGUGAUUUAAGACGCCCUCCCCGACCAUAUAAACGCCAAACCCCACGA